GUGUGAGCUGCUUCAAAAGUUCAGGAAAUAUUUUAUUGGUUUCUGUUGCUAUAAAAUUUAAAUGUCCUCUAGGACAUAGAGGUUUAUUGACAGAUGUUAAACUCCAAAGUGUCCUGCAUCAUCAUUUUAUCCAAUGAGAUUGAGAGUUCAUAGGUCGAGUGCUCACUUAUCAGUGAAGGUAACAACUCCUUAAUUGUCUUUGUUUAUCUACAGACAUGUUGUAGAUGUGUAUAAACUUUUAUUAGGUAUUUAACUGAUGUUAUACCAGUAGGAUGAUAUGUGACAGUUCUAAAUGCUUUGUGUUUCACAGUUAUUCAGAAGAGUCGAGCAUCCGCAGAUAAGACAGGUGAUGUGUCACAGUACAGAUGUUCAAACAUGAAAGUAAAAGUGAAACAAGUAACCAGGUUGAUUAUCAGUUAAGUCAAGGUACAGGCAGCUCAGGUGUGAUCAGCAAACAGACUCUGAAUGCAAAAUGGGAGUAAUGUGCACCAAGAACCCAACAGAGACUGAUGGGACCGCAGAGGUUGUAUCUUCCAGCCCUCUAGAUCCUUUAGAGGUCUACAAUAUGAACAAAACAAGACGAGGCCUCGCUCUCAUCUUUAAUCAGCAGAGCUUUGUUGAGAGUAAAUUGUGUUACAGGUGUGGGAGUGACAUUGACUGCUCCAACUUGAAGAAAAGUCUGAAGCAUCUUGGCUUUGAAGUGAAGGCAUUCACAGAUUUAAGUGAAAGUAAAGUUCAUGCUAAACUUGAUAAAGCUGCAACGGCCGAUCACUCAAAUGCCGACUGCUUUUUAGUUGUCUUCAUGAGCCAUGGUGAGAAAAAUUAUGUUAAUGCUUUCGACAAAACAAUCACCAUUCAGGAGAUUGUAGACAAGUUCAGAGGAACCAACUGCAAAAGUCUUGUGGGAAAACCCAAGAUCUUUAUAUGGCAGGCGUGUCGUGGAGAUAAGCAUGAUGACCCAGUGACUCCCUGUGCCACUGAGCCCACUGAGGUGGUGGAGGCUGGAGCUGUGUACACUCUCCCUGCUGCAGCUGAUUUCAUCAUGUGUUACUCUGUGGCUGAAGGUUACUAUUCCUAUCGGGAUCCUUUAAGAGGCUCCUGGUACAUCCAGGACCUGUGUGAGCUGCUACAGACGUACGGGGAUUCACUGGAAUUCACACACUUACUGACACUGGUUAAUGCAAAAGUGUCAAAGAGGGACACUAAAAUGGAUAAAAACGGGAAAAACUUUGAAGCAAAGCAGGUACCUUGCUUUGCUUCAAUGCUCACCAAGAAACUUUACUUUCACCCAAAACAGUUCUGCUGCCAGUUCUUCCAGCUGUCAGUGGGUGAGAGGCCACACAGGCAGACAACCAGUCACACUCACCACCUGCAGCUCAGUGUCAGGAUUCCACAGAAUCUGCACAUCUCUAACACAGCCGACAUGUCUGAAGAAAGCUUCACAGAGACUGAUGGGUUAUUUACAAGGAAACUAAUAACAACAAACCAACAGGUGACUAAAGAUUCUCCAGACGUCUACAAUAUGACAAAGGUAAGAAGUGGCCGCGCUCUCAUCUUUAACUGGAUGCAGUUUGAUCUUGCACUGCAGCUGAAUCCAAGAUUUGGAAGUGACAAAGACUACAAGAACUUGAAGAAAAGACGGGAAGAUUUUGGCUUUGAAGUGAAUAUCUUCAAAGACUUAAAGAAAAGUGAUGUCAAUGCCAAACUUGAUGAAGCUGCAAAGGCAGAUUAUUCAAAUGUAGACUGCUUAUUAGUUGUCUACAUGAGCCACGGUGAAAAAGAUUAUGUUGAAACCUACGAUGAAAAGCUCAUGAUUAGUGAUAUCACAGACAAGUUCAGAGGAGAUGAGUGCAAAAGUCUUGCUGGAAAACCCAAAAUCUUCAUAUGGCAGGCUUGCCGUGGAUCUGAGUUUGAUGAACCCGUUGAUAGUGAAACUGAGCACUUGGUUUUGGAGGCUGGAUCUAUAAAUGUUUUUCCUGCUGGAGCUGAUUUCAUCAUGUGUUACGCUGUGGCUGAAGGGUACUACGCCCACCGAGACAGUAAAAAUGGCUCCUGGUACAUCCAGGAUCUGUGUAAGCAGCUUAAGAAUUGCGGGGAUUCACUUGAAUUCACAGAAUUGCUGACACUUGUUAACAACAAUGUGUCGAAGAUGGAAGAUAGAGAGAAGAAAAAGCAAAUACCUUGCUUUGCAUCAAUGCUCACCAAGAACCUGUACUUACAAAAAAAGUUCCAAAAUUCUUGUACAGUAAUUUGCUCUAAUUUGUUCUCAUGUGUGCAUGGGUUUUCUCCAUUUCUUAAGAACUGGGAAAGGCUCCAACAAGACCUGCGACCGGAAAGUGACUGUUUGAAAUGUCAUUAGUAUUUUUCUGAACCAGAACUCUGGGUUUGAAAGCUCCAGAUGUACAGUAGUUCUAAUUGAAUUGGGGGGUGCUGGAGCCUAUCCCAGCUGGCUAUGGGCGAGAGGCAGGGUACACCCUGGACAAUUGGAUCAUGAAAAUGCAUUUUACAUUUUGCAAUAUUAAAUACAUAUUCAAUAUUAAAAGUGGCCAUGCAAUAUGCAGUUCCAUUAAUUAAUUUUUCUAGUUUUUAAAAUAGCAAUGCAUUUUCCAAUUCACAGUUCAAUAUGCAUUUUGAAAAUGCAUUCUGCAAAUAGCAAUGCAUUAAUAAGAAGUGUUCUCCUUUCACAGGAGGAGGAGGUUGCACUAGCAGUUAGUAGGAAUGUUGACCAGUCAGAGGUUCUCUGGAAAUUAGGAAGAACAGCACAGGGGGUUGAGUAUGUGGUAUAAGAAUGUGUACUCUUUUUUUGUUCUCUGUUAUGUACCAUCUUAGUCUGGCCUCUCAGAGUUUAAGACAAGACUGCUGUGGAUAAACAGUCAGGUACGUCACAUUCUGCAUGCCCGAUCAGUUGCAUUCACAUCAGGCAAUGAGACAAAGCA